AAAAUAACAAAUAAGUCAAGCAUAAAAUCGAAUCCCAAUUGUUCAUCCCUUCUUUUCUCCUUCUCCGGUUAAUCACGAUUGGUAUUGAACGGUGGUCAUCUGAUCGGACGGCUAUAGUGGACGAGGGAGGGGAGACGGAAAGGAUCGCCGCCGCCGCCGCUGCCCCCGACGUCGUCGUUUCUUCGCUUUCUCCUCUCUCGCUCUCUUUUUCCGGUUCCACAAAUUUGAUUUGUGCGAGAAAAUUUUUAGUUUCUAUCUGUUUUAUUAAAUAUCAAAGCAGUUGGUCACCAUGAACGAGAAGGCUAACGUCUCGAAGGAGCUUAAUGCCAGGCAUCGGAAGAUUCUGGAAGGGCUACUCAAAUUGCCAGAGAACAGGGAAUGUGCAGAUUGUAAAACCAAGGGCCCUCGAUGGGCUAGUGUGAAUUUAGGCAUCUUUAUAUGCAUGCAAUGUUCUGGAAUCCACAGAAGUCUUGGAGUGCACAUAUCCAAGGUGAGAUCUGCUACCCUUGACACAUGGCUUCCUGAACAAGUGGCAUUUAUUCAGUCAAUGGGAAAUGAGAAGUCAAAUAGUUAUUGGGAAGCAGAGCUACCACCAAAUUAUGAUAGAGUUGGCAUUGAGAAUUUCAUUCGUGCUAAGUAUGAGGAGAAGAGAUGGGUUCCAAAGGAUGGGAAACCAAAUUCUCCUGCUAGGGGACGAGAAGACAAGCUAUCAGCUCAGUGGCAAAGACCUAAUGAUAGAAAUGUUCCUGCAUACACUGGCCAUUCUAGGACUUCAUCUGAUGAAAGGAAGAGCAUUCAAACAAGCAGCACUAAAGAAAAUGUUGCUGCUGGGGGAAUUAGUAUUCCAGUACCACCGAAAGCUCAAGAACCUGUUGUUCCAGCUCCAGUGCCUCAACAAGUGAUUCAGAAAACAGAAUCUGUUGCCUCAGAAUCUGUCAAACAGGUUGCACAAGCUGCCUCACCACCUAAGGUUGACUAUGCUAUGGAUCUUUUUAACAUGCUUUCAAUGGACACUCCUAGUGAAAAUGGUUCAGGAGCAGCAUCUGCAGAUGAUAAUUCAUGGGCUGGCUUUCAGUCUGCUCAAGAAACUUCGACAGCAGAAGGAAGUGUUCCAUCAAAGGUCGAUGACAAUAAGAAACAGUCUGCUAAUGAAAUUGAGGAUUUAUUCAAGGAUACACCAUCUAUUGCACCUCUAAUGACAGAGAAACCUGAAAAAGAUGUGAAAAAUGACAUCAUGAGCCUUUUUGAUAAGUCCAAUAUGGUGUCCCCAUUUGCCUCUCAUCAACAACAAAUAGCAAUGAUGUCACAACAGCAGUCUCUUCUAAUGGCAGCAGCUGCUGCUAAUGCUGCUGGUGGAUUGCUAAAGGUUCCUGGAAAUACGCAACAAGGGCCAAAUGGCAUCAACUUGCUAAAUCAGAAUUUGGCAAGUGCAGGCUAUCAUCAAUUUUAUGGGAUGAUGAUGCCAGGUGCUGGAAAGAAUGAGCUGGAGAAAUAUAUGCAGAGUGGGAACUUGGGGAACGCCCAGCUGGUUGGGAGCACUGCUCAAUUUCCAGCAACGAGUGUCUACCCUGUGGGUCAAAGUACUUCUAGCAAUGGUGUAGUGACACCUGGAGUGAGCAGGCAGACGGCAUCCCCUGUUUCAUCUUCUUCCACGCAGACAGCCAAAGAGUAUGAUUUCUCCUCUUUGACUCAAGGCUUGUUCUCAAAGCAUUGAUCAGCCUGUGAGAGAGAGCAACCUGCUUAGUCAUAGUAUACCAAACGAGACAUUUACGAGAAAAGUAGUUUUCGGAUGAUAUCUUCGAUAUCAGGAUUGUACACUUAUUUGUAGAGUAGCAGAUCCGCUUUAAAGUCUUAAAUGUCUUCUUCCAUUUUUGUUUAUACCUCGGAUAAUAAGCAGUUCAUAUUGAUUGUUUUUGGAACAGUAUCUGGUUCACUCCUACUGUUCUGGUUUUCGGGAUGAAUUGGAAAUAAAAUAUUGCUGACUCACACUA